UGUGCAACUAACACUGACAAAGAACUCAGGAAGAUGGAGGAUGAAGAUGGGUACAUGAGUAUAGACCCCAGAAAAAGAGACCUCUGUGCAGCAACAGCUUCCAAAGAAAGCAAAGGUUCUUUCUCAAAUCUUCUCUGGUGGAAAAUUGCUCUUGGCAUCUCAGUGGCAGGAAAUGUUGUUGUAGUUGUGGUUCUUCUUAUCCUUCUCUCUCUUCCAGCUCCUCAGGCUAUUUCUUACUCAAAGCCACCUCACAACCAGAUCCAGAGUUGCCUACUAAACUGUAUCCCUUGUGGAUCUGCUAAGAACAGCAGGACAGCAAACCUGACUCUGGAUCCAGGCACAGCUUUUCCCCAGCUCUACAUAUCUGAAGACCAGAAGACAGUGACAUGGAAAGGCAUGAAGCAAAGUGUGGCUCCUUGUACUAUGAGAUAUGAUGUGAUGGCUAGUGUGUUAAGCCAUGAAGGCUUUACCUCUGGGAAAAUUUGCUGGGAAGUGGAGGUGGUGGAAGGAGGGACAUGGUGGGGCGUGGGAGUGGUCAGGGAGUCAGCAAACAGAAAUGGGCCAAUUUUCCUUGCACCUGGAGGAGGGUACUGGGGGGUGCAACGUAUCGAUGGGCAAUACCAAGCAAUCACUGAACCGAGGACUAAUUUGUCUCUGUGCCACCCUCCAAAGAGGAUCAGAGUUUCUCUGGACUAUUCAGUGGGACAAGUAGCAUUUUUUGAUGGGGAUACACAUGCUGAACUCUUCACUUUUCCAAAAACACAUUUCUCUGGGGAGAAAAUCCUUCCUUGGUUCUUGAUCCAUGGGUGGAAUGGGAAGCUUAUGAUCCAUCCAUGAGAGGAAGACUCAUGCCACUGGUUUUAGCAGCCUCCUUUUCAAGGAUGUCAAGAGCAGUUUAGUCUCUCUAGUCAUGGGGAGAUCUGGACAUAAGCUCAACUUUCCUGUAUGAAUAUUCUUUAGGUCCC